AUGCUGAGCGUGGAGAUGUACCCCAGUCUGCCUGUGGCCCACCAGAGCUACUACAGAGAGCGCGAUGUGGGCCCCCCUCACGUGCCGUCGCUGUACCCCUCCUCCUGUGACGUGGCUGCCCGGUCCCUGCCCCCCCACCUCCUGGCCCCUCCCCCUGCCCCCCGCGAAGCUCCGCCCACACCGCAUGACAGCAUCAAGAUGGAGCUGGAGAACGUGUCGCUAUGGAAACAGUUCAGCACCGUCGGCACAGAGAUGAUCAUCACCAAGAAAGGAAGGCGCAUGUUUCCCCAGUUGCGGGUGAAGGUGUCUGGACUCAACCCCACCCUGCGCUACAUCCUGCUGCUGGACAUCGUCCCCGCUGACUCGUCCCGCUACCGUUUCCAGGACGACAGCUGGCAGGUGGUGGGCGGUGCGGAGGCGCGUCUGCCUGACCGGGUCUUCAUCCACCCGGACUCGCCCGCCACCGGAGAGCACUGGCAGAACCGGAUCAUCUCCUUCCACAAGACCAAGCUCACCAACAACACACUCGACUCCCAGGGAUAUAUCAUCCUCCACUCUCUGCACCGCUACCAGCCGCGGCUGCACGUGAUCGAGGCCAGAGACAUGCUGCUGUGGGGGGGGGCUCGGCACUCCUUCACCUUCCCAGAGACCCAGUUCCUCACCGUCACCGCCUACCAGAACAGCAGGAUAACUGAGCUGAAGAUCAACUCCAACCCCUUUGCUAAAGGUUUCAGAGAUAAUGGCAUGAACAGCAAGAGACAGAGAGAGGCCAGGCAGAAAAGGAAGAUCAACACCCAGCAGAAUGAUCCUCUGGAUGACCUGGACAUUGAGUCAUGUGACCCCUGCGACCCAUGUGACUCCACUGAGCUCCUCCCACAGAACCCCACCCUCUCAAUCACAAGUUCUGCCCUCUCCAUCAACGACCCUUCCUGUGGUUUCCAUGGUGACGUGCCACCUUUCCCAGGGUCGACCGUGUCGGACCAGCCAAUGAGUCUGGGCCAAGCCUUCAUCUCCUCCCAGAUGACCCAGAUCCCUGACAUCACAGAGAUUCCCGCCUCCAUGGACAGCGGGCUGCAAACCACUUCUCAGGAUGACCUGAACAACAGCUUGAUUGACAGGUCGGGUCAGAUGAUUGACCUCCAGUCUUUCAGUGGUCCAUUUGCAGACUCCUCCCAGUUCUCCUCUGCUCCUCAUCCUCAGUCCUCAUCCGUCUCCUCCUCAGUCACCUCCUCAGGCGCACAUGACCUCCUCCCCCCUUCCUCCUCCUCAGACCACUCCUCCCUCCCCACCUCCUGCUUCUCCACCCUCCUCUCCUCCUCCUCCUCUCACCCUCCCUCCUCUUCAUCUGACCAGUUACUGCCCUCGCCCUGCUCCUCCUCAUCCUACCCCUCUGGCCAUCCAGCCAAUCAGAAUCCAGACGUGCUCAGUCCCCACACCCCAACUAACUCCUUCACCUCCUCCUCCUCUCUUACCCCUCCUUCUUUCAACUCCCUUCAUCCCUCCGUCUCUGUUCAUCCCAUGAACCCGUCCCAGAUGGGUCUGAUCCACUCCACUUCACCUGCAGGGGUCCAGAACCCGUCCCAGAUGGGUCUGAUCCACUCCACUUCACCUGCAGGGGUCCAGAACCCGUCCCAGAUGGGUCUGACCCAGGUGACCCCGCCUGCAGGGGUCCAGAACCCGUCCCAGAUGGGUCUGACCCAGGUGACCCCGCAUGCGGGGGUCCAGAAUGCGGCCGAGACAGCCUUCCCCUUCCCACCGCUCCAGCUCCAACCCGACCAGGAGCAGGACUCUGACCCGUCCACCCCCCACUCCCUCCACAGCAACACCCCGCUGUCCGCCUUCCCCUUCCCAGAGCACCAGCCACCCACCUCCACCCCCGCCCCGCACCCCAUCACCCCCCAGUCCAUCCCCAGUGCCCCCUCUACUGCGUUCCCCUUUCCCCUGGCGUCCGCCUCUGACCCCAGCACGCAGAGCUCCAACGCCGGCCCCUCUGCCGCCCCGUUCUCCUCGGCGGUGGCUCCUGCGCAUCUGGAUCUGACCCAUUACACGCCCACCUCCUUCUCUUCCUCCAUCUCCUCUAUCCCUUCUUCCGUCUCCAUGGCGACUCAUCCACCCGCUCCUCCGCUCUCUCACUCGUUCCUCCCGUGCGCUGCCGCUGUGGUCCAGCCGUAUUCCGUCCCGUCCACUAACCCCAGCCAGAACCACUAUCCUGCCUCCUCUCAUCCUUUCUCCUCUCUCCCUCCCUCCCUCCCCUCCUGCCCCCCUAUUCAUCCCUCGCUCCAGAACCACACUGCCAGCAUUCCCAAUCCUGCCCAGAUGCAGCCAGGCUACCCCACGGGGGCCUUCCCGGCCUCUUCCUACCCCCACAUCCCAGUCUCCGCCUCCAACUCUCCUCAGAUUCCUUCCUGUUCCAUGAUUCCCUCCCAGGCGUUCCCGGCCCUCUCUCUCCCGUCAUCUGCCCCCUCCCACCACCCCUCUCCCUCCCUGCCCCCUGCUUCCUACCCCCAGUACCCCCCUGGAGCUCCCUCUGGUGGCUACCCUCCAGUGGCCUCUGCAGAGGUAGCCUCCUACCCCAGUGCCCAGUUCAACCCUGCUGCCUCCUACCUGCCAGAGGUGGUACUGCACUCCUCUCUUCUCCCCUCUAUGGAUCCCUCGCUUCCCUCCUCCGCACCCCCGGGUCUCUAUCCCCCGUUCCCCUCCUACCCUCUCAGGCUGUGUCAGGACCCCCGCUCCUCCUUCCACAUUCCACUCAGGCAUAUCUACAGACAGCCCCAGCACGCCCACACACACAGCCAGGGGUCCUACCUGGACAUGAGUGGCAGGGCCGUGUUCUGAGAGGCAGCAGUUGAGCGGAGGAGGGAGGACAAGAGAGGAGAGGAAGUGUGGAGGAAGCCAUGAGAGAAAAGUGUACACGUUUCCUGGAAUACACAACAGUUUCACAAGGUUCAAGAAAAGGGAACCCUAGUACUACAUAACAAGAAAAGGGAACCACUACUACAUUCUGCUACAGAACUCCAGGUUUAGUGGAGUUCAGUUCACGGUUCCGGAACUGAUCAGGGCCACGUUCAUUCCUGAAUGAGCUGGAAGAGGAAACCCACUCUAAAGGACUUUCUGUUGGAGAGAGACUUUCGAGGGAAGUGAUAUGGUGCUCACGUGCUUUAAGACACAUAUGGUGCUCAUGUGCUUUAAGACACUGCUAUUGAACAUCUUCUAAGUGAUAUGGUGCUCAUGUGCUUUAAGACACUGCUAUUGAACAUCUUCUAAGUGAUAUGGUGCUCACUUUGCUUUAAGAC